AUGGCAUCAUCAUCAUCGUCAUCGCGAAAGACCCUGGUGACGGCAUCCAAGGGCGGCGUGACGGCGACCCUGUUCUCCGUCGCCAUCCUGGCCGUAGUGUGCGCCUUGGCAUUCGACGCCCUGCACCUGCAGCUGAAGCGCUCCGGCAUGCGCGACCUGCUCAAGGAGUUCAUCGACCCGGCUGACACGCGCAUCCGCAAGCACUACACUGGCGUUGCUGCCGUCGACAAGCUCCUGUUCGUCCUGGUCGUCUUCUUCCUGAACGUGUUGGACCCGAGCCGACCGGAAACCUUUUUGUUCGUCGUGCAGUUUGCCGGGCAGCUUGUCGCCCCCGUGAUCUUCGGAUACGCCGUCGCCUUCCCGAUCUUCGCCAUCGCGCACCUGGUCUUCUCGCCCACCGACGCCCAGAGCCUGUCGCUGCGUGACCCGUCCAGGCUGACGGUCGUCGUCCCCGCCAUACUGCUAGGAUAUCUCGUGCCCACGCUGCUGCAGCUGUUGCCGCUGGAGGACUACUCCCACCAGACGGCCAUUGCCAUCUGGCAGCCCUUCCCCGUCUACACCUUCGUCCUGUCCUGGGCCUUUAGCCAUACGGCCCAGCGUCUGACCCUCACGACGGGCGGGGCGCCCGACAAGAACGACACGGACAGGAACGCCGUCGACACGGCCUACGACUUCGUCCUGGCCGUCGGCGCAAUCAGCCACUGGGCCACCAUCGCGAGCAUCGUCGCGGUUUCUGUGCAGCCCGAACUGUUCCCGCCCAGUGUCGCGGAGUCGCUCACCUUGGCCAAGGUCUUCGUCCCCAAGCCUAUCCGCUCAUACGGCCCCGCCUCCCUCCCCGAAAUCUGUAAGCAGUUCCUUCAGUGGGACUACAUCUUUGGCUCGGCAGCCAGCCUCAUCUGGGCUGCUUCCCUGGCUGCUAGGGUUGGCGCGUGGUCGUUCAGCCCGGCGGGAACUGUGUCUAUUCUCAGGUACAUCGUCAUCUACGGUCCUUCCGCCGCUGCUGCGGCGCUGAUGAAGAGGAGGGAUGCCGUCGUGUAUGGUGCCUAG